ACAGAAACUCUUAUCCCCACCCCUUUUCCUCCCAGCAAGCUGUGCUGUGCGCCGGGCCUUUCCCCCCUUUGUGCCAUCCGGGUCUCUUGCGCGAGCGAUUCAGUCCGUGGCGAAGCGUCGAAGCGGCCAGUACUGUGAAAGUGGCAAGUGGAGGCGCCGCCGUUGCGGCCAAGACUCUGGACUAUGGCGGCUAGUGACACAGAACGAGAUGGACUAGCCCCAGAAAAAACAUCCCCAGAUACAGAUAAGAAAAAAGAGCAGUCCGAUGUAUCUGUUUCUCCUAGAGCCUCAAAACAUCAUUAUUCAAGAUCACGGUCAAGGUCAAGAGAAAGAAAACGAAAGUCAGAUAAUGAAGGAAGAAAACACAGGAGCCGGAGCAGAAGCAAAGAGAACCAACUUCUUCUUAAAACAGGCAAGAAGACAUGAAUCCAAAGAUAAGUCGUCUAAGAAACACAAGUCUGAGGAACAUAAUGACAAAGAACAUUCUUCUGAUAAAGGAAGAGAGCGGCUAAAUUCAUCUGAAAAUGGUGAGGACAGACACAAACGCAAAGAAAGAAAAUCAUCAAGAGGCAGAAGUCACUCAAGGUCUAGGUCUCGUGAAAGGCGUCAUCGUAGUAGAAGCAGAGAGCGGAAGAAGUCAAGAUCCAGGAGUAGGGAUAGGAAGAAGUCAAGAUCCAGAAGCAGAGAGAGGAAGAAAUCACGGUCCAGAAGCAGGGAUAGAAAACGUCGGAUCCGAUCUCGUUCCCGCUCAAGAUCAAGACACAGGCAUAGGAGUAGAAGCAGGAGUAGGACAAGGAGUAGAAGUCGAGAUAGGAAGAAGAGAAUUGAAAAACCAAGAAGAUUUAGCAGAAGUUUAAGCCGAACUCCUAGUCCACCUCCCUUUAGAGGCAGAAACACAGCAAUGGAUGCACAAGAAGCUUUAGCUCGGAGGUUGGAAAGGGCAAAGAAAUUACAAGAACAGAGAGAAAAGGAAAUGGUUGAGAAACAAAAACAACAGGAAAUAGCUGCAGCAGCUGCUGCUACUGGAGGUUCUGUUCUCAAUGUUGCUGCCCUCUUGGCGUCAGGAACACAAGUAACUCCUCAGAUAGCUAUGGCAGCUCAGAUGGCAGCCUUGCAGGCGAAAGCUUUGGCAGAGACCGGAAUAGCUGUACCUAGCUAUUACAACCCAGCAGCUGUGAAUCCAAUGAAAUUUGCUGAACAAGAGAAAAAAAGGAAAAUGCUAUGGCAAGGCAAGAAAGAAGGAGACAAAUCCCAGUCUGCUGAAAUAUGGGAGAAAUUGAAUUUUGGAAACAAGGACCAAAACGUCAAAUUUAGGAAAUUAAUGGGUAUUAAGAGUGAAGAUGAAGCUGGAUGUAGCUCUGUUGAUGAAGAAAGUUACAAGACACUGAAACAGCAGGAAGAAGUAUUUAGAAAUCUAGAUGCUCAGUAUGAAAUGGCAAGAUCACAAACCCACACACAGAGAGGAAUGGGUUUGGGGUUCACCUCAUCAAUGCGAGGAAUGGACACGGUUUGAAGACCACACUAUACUGGGGACUCUUACAGACUGGUUCUGAUGCCAGGUCCUUGAUCACCGAACAGCUGGCAUUCUAGCGUGCAUGGGCGUUGCAUUGACUUUAAUUUAUUGAAAAAUAUGAUUUUUUUGUAAAUAUCAGAUCAGUGAUACUGGUGUUAGUGUUGUAAUCAGGUUAAACCCACUUCCAUUAAACUUGACAGGACUAUAGAAGGACAAUAUUUUUUAGUUCAUGAAUUCUACUUUUCAAAUAUAUAAAAGCUGCAGGUGGGAUAAAUAUCUCAUACAUGAAUUUUUGGUGUCCGCUGUCUUGUGUACUUUUUGUACUUAACCUUGUACAGUUAUUUUCAUCUCUUGAAACAUGAAAGAAAUGUUAUGUAGAUGUUCUUUAGAAGAUCUGGCCAUUUGGUACAUAAUCCAGCACAAAUAAAGCUGGGUGGUAAUGAUAAUAAAAUUGGUUUUUCUCAA